AUGUUCCUCUUCGAGAAGCAGACAUAUCCUCCCUAUGGCUUCUUCAUCUUAAAUCGGAUGGGCACCGACGAUUAUAUUCGUCCAAUCCACCCAGAGGACGACAUGGAGAUCAUGGGGGAUUAUGUCAUGUAUCGCUUUUACCCUGAAUACACAAAGAAACGUCUCGAGCUAGGUCUUCCGUACCCUAUCCCUGAAGAGCACCGUGCUCGGUUUGAUGAGGAGCUGGCGCGGAGCCAGCCAGUGGGAGAGUCUGACGCAGCGAAUGAUGCCACUCCCAAAGGCAAGAAGGGCAACUCUGUCACUAUCGGUCUGUGGAUGUUUGCGACAGAUGCGCGAGAACCACUCAAAGAUGUGAUGAUGCGGUUGCAUUCGUACAUCAAGCAGGGAAAGCCGUAUCCUCAAGAGUUCCGAUUUGGGCCCAGCCGUCCUCCACCAACGAACCUCCAUGUGCGCACAGCCAGUCGCUCCUCAGCACGAUCGACGUCCCAAGCGAGUCAAACGAGUGAUAAGCCGACUCGGAAUGAACAGGUCAACGGCGCAUCACUGACCGCCCCUACGCCUCCUAUUGGUAGCGCUGGUUCUGAACUCGACAAGUUGUUCGCAAAACUGAUACCGUCUGCCUCCUCAACUCCUGCUAUCGAGCGUCAAGCCGCCCCACCGCGUCCUACGUCAGGUCUCUCGGUGCAUGAUCUGUUCGCCCGCUUGGGUGGAUCAACUCAGUCACCAGUGCGGACGCCAAUUGCGCCAGCACCUGCAACUGCACCGCAGAAGCGCGGUCAAGCUCUCCUCGAUUCAAUAUUUGCCUCGGCCACCCAAGCGGGAGCCGCUAUGCCCCCAGUCUCUCUUGCAGCAGAUCCCCAUUCUCCCUCAAACUUCCACCCGGUUCCGUCUGUUUCUCUACCCCCUCGUGCUGAAGAAAUCCAGAUUGUCUCCCCCAAACCCACCUCCAGCGCACUACCUCAAAUUCUCAACCAUGACGUCAUCUACACCUUGCUGGGACUGAGUCCUACCUCCCGUGCGUCCUCUGCGACAGUAAGUUCAGCAGAGUCGCACACAUCAGCGCCGAACCGAUAUGAGGGCGACAACGAGGAGGAGGAGAGCGAGCCCGAGCCCGCGUCAGAAACAUCAUCGUCUGGCGCGCCUACGCCUCCAGUGGAGGAACCCACACCCCCAGCGUCGAAUCACACUCAAGCUGGAAGGACUCCUAGAAAAGUGGAAGGCGAUGUCACACCACGCGCAGCUGUGCGUGGCAUAGGGCCCCUGUCACCAGCCCCGCCGUCGCAAGUCUCGCCUGCACCGGCGCGAGGCCAGCAAUAUCUUACGCCAUCAGCUGCUUCCCCUGCGACUAACAGCCUUACUCCCGACUCUUCAUCGGUGUCUAUAUCGACCAUUGCCGCUUCCAACUCCGCGCCGCGACAACGUAAACUCGUCCCCUUCGAAGCUGAGUCAGACCUCUGGCCGUAUCCCCGUGCGCCGCUCGACGACCGCCUGCACGAAGACUUCGACGCCGAUGUGGUAGAGCUCGACUUCGCCGACACCCGCGCUCUGAGCGACCCGUCGCUGUUCUCGAGUCGGCUGAAAGAGAAGCAGGGCAAGGCGGGUGCGAAGAAGAAGACGCGCAAGGAGCGCGCGGCAGAUCGGGAGCGGGAGCGCGAGGAGAUCGAGAAAGGGUGGGAUGUCCCUGUUAGCUGCCAGCCGCAGGUGGAUGCGACCGUUCCCCGCCAGCGUGCUGUCCCUGCGGUGAAUGGCAAGGCUAAGGCCAAACAGGUCGCUGCGAAUGGCACAUCUGCGGCUGCUGCGGCUCCCCCUUUCGUUAACGGUGGCGGCCUGCAGAACGGUGUCCACGCUGCUGCUGCGAAAGACGCCGUCAUCUCUGCUGUCGCUGCUGAAGAGAAGAAUAUUGCUGGCAAUCUGUCGAGGAAUGAUUUCGUCCGGGAAUUGCUUACUCUAAUACAUACGGACAAGAAUUUCGUUGACAGUUUAUGGCAGGAAUAUCUAAAUCGCACUAGUUGA